UCAACCCUUGCCAAUUACAGCUGCCAGAGUAGAGACGGGGUCAACGCAUCCGCCAUCUUCUCCACUGUGCCAGAUCCAAUUACCACAACCUCGCCAGUAUCUCACCCCGGUAUGAAUUACUGGGAUGAAAGCAGCAAGAAACAACAAAAUAACACCAAUUUGCCAGGAAAAGAGGAGAGAAAAAAGCCACAAAACCCCCCAAAAUGUAAAGGAAACAAAAAAAAAGGCAAAUGUCCAAAUAAUGAAGUCCGGAAUGGCAGGGAUGAACCUGAAUGCUGUAGUGAUGAUGGUAAAGCUAAAGAUGGUCAUGAAGACCAU